AUGGUCUAUCACGGCGGCAUGGCGAGCCCGCCGCCGAGCGAUGGCCUCAUCCCGGCCUCCUCGCCGACGCUCCCCUCGUCACCACCCCCGCGAGCCUCGCGCAAGGAGAAGCGAAAACCCAGCGUGACACCUAGAAAGUUCAGGCGGUUCUUCACCCCGCGAGCCGGCCGCGGCGGGAUGCCCUCUCAGAGCUCGAGGCCGGUCCUCGCCGAGAUGGGCGACCCUGCGAUUAAUGCCCAGCAGACCCCUCCCCGAUCCAGCCCGGACGUUUCGGGACCGAUCUCGCCAACCUCGAACCCGAGCUUUCUGUCGCCUUUUGGAAGUGAGGAGAGCCAGAAGAAGAGGAAGAGGGGUGUUGUAAAUGCAAUUCCCAUGAAGUUGCCACAGCUGGCCCGCGGCUCGGGGACGAAACUGUCGAGAACACAACUGGAGGAUUUGGAGGAGGAGGACGGAAUGCCUCUGGGACGGAGCCCGCUGGCAAGGUCUCCUUUGGGCCAAAAUGAGAAUGUUGAAGAUCAAGUGGUCGGGUCGCCUGAGGUUCACUCUCCCUCAGCUCCCCAGCUGCCGCCUCUCGGGAGGAGAUAUCCCUCUGGGCCGCAGACGUCACCAGAUGAGUUUGCGCGGAAGCUGAGCUCCUUAACGGCUAGCAAUUUCUCGUCUGUGGGAUAUGAUGGUUUGAGGCCGAGGUCUACUCUGAUCGAUUAUUUUAAGUGCAACCGGGCAGGUGUUCAGAACUCGAGCAAGGGCAAGCCCGUCGCCUCUCUUUCCAAGCCCCUCAGACCUGCAAAAGAGGAAUCCCCCGAGCCUAAAUACCAACCACAGCCGGUGAUCAAACUUCGCAACCGUGGUUUUGGUGCCCAGCUUCUACUUCGCGAACAAGGCAGCACUCCUAGACCAGGUCGUCAACACCUUGAGUAUCCCGCUUUUGACUCAAGAGCAAGCACAGCUUCUUUCUGGAGCAAGGGAACCGACACACAUAUGAUCAGCGCGCAUCUGACUCAAUCGAAUACUAUUCCAUUCAGUCUGGCGAGCUGUCACAAUGCCCCUCUCACAGCAAUUGGCGACGAAGAAGGCUUCAUUCGCUUCUUCGACACCACGACUACCCAAGCAGGAGAGACCCCCAAACCGAAGGUCGAGAUGAUCAUGCAAGGCCACGAAAACGCAAUCAUGGACCUCGCCUUCUCCGACGACGACCUUCGCCUCGUGAGCGCCUGCGGCGACCGCUCCGGCAAGAUCUUCGACGUCAUGACGCAGUCUGUCGCCGCGGAACUCAACGGCGGACAUUUCCAAUCCAUGCGCCGCGUCCAGUUCCAACCAGGCCAGGCCAAUGGCAACGUCGUCGCAACCUCGGACCGCGACGGCAAGAUCCAGAUCUGGGACCUUCGCUGCUCCUCCGCCCCAACUUCCGCCUUCUCCACCCGCGGCCCCGAAGGCAUCCUUCACAGAGACCGCAGCCUUUCCCCCCUCUGGGCCCGGACUACAAACACGAUCGACGGCGCCCACGCCCGCACCGUCGAGAACGUCACCUCUCCCGCCUCCGUCACCGCCUUGCAAUACAUGCCCCCUGGCCGCGAGCACCUCCUCCUCUCCGCCUCCGAGGCGAACGCCUGCAUCAAGCUCUGGGACACCCGCUAUAUCACACCACGCAACCGCCCCGACGCCACCCCGCUCGCCAUCACCGCCGAGCCAGCAACCCACCGCUGGCGCCCCUAUGGCCUGACCUCUCUCGCCCUCAGCAGUGACGCCGCCCGUCUCUACGCCGUUUGUAAGGACAACACCGUCUACGCCUACUCCACCUCUCACUUGAUGCUCGGCCAAGCCCCUGAACUCUCCACCCGGCCUCCUCGCCAGAAAGCCGGCUCCGCCGUCCGCGGCCUCGGUCCCCUCUACGGCUUCAAGCACGACUUGUUCCACGUUAAGUCCUUCUACGUCCGCUGCGCCGUCCGCCCCGUCUCCAUCACCGGCACUGAGCUCCUCGCCGUAGGAAGCGACAAGUGCGCCCUCCUCUUCCCCACCGACGAGCGCCUCAUGAGGGAGCACUGGGACACCCAAAGCCACCUCGCCCAGCCCACCACGGAACCCGCCGCGCCGCAACCCAAGGGCACCGCACCCGCCACCGGCCAGGUCCCCAUCGUCCGCAACGGCACCCCCCUGAUUCGCGGCCACCGCCGCGAGGUCACGGGCCUGAGCUGGACAAACGAGGGCAAGCUCGUCACCAUCUCGGACGACUACAUGGCGCGGCACUGGCAAGAAGGCGGCGACGGCAGCGACGUUCCCAACGGCUGCGGCACGGCGUGGGAUCUGCGCACCGGCGGCGAGUUCGGCGGCAGGAGACACAUGUCCGGGUACGCCGACGUCGCGGACGACUGGGACCGAGACGACGAUAACGACGACGAUGACAUGCACUCCGAGUGCUGA